AAUUUUUACACCUGUGUUUCUUAGAAAUGUAACUAGUUGUUCAGUGUUUUGCUUUAUAAAAGUGGUCAAAUGUAGGAUUCUAGAUGGAGUCAGACUUGAAAGAAAAUUCCCCUGCGCCAGAAUCUACAGAAUCUAUUCUGAGAAAGAUGGCUAAAUAUGAUGAUGAAAGGCCUCCAGAGAAACCGAGAUACACAGGCAUUACUGCCUCGCGACCAGUUAUGAUAUUCUUAGCAGCUACAGUAUUAACUACUUCCGUAUUAGUCGCUCUUCCGCCUCAAGUUGUAAACAUUAUCUUACGUCGUCAGAAUACUUCAGAAAGUAUCUCGAAAGAUUGGGAAUCAUCCCCGCCCACAUAUGCAAUUUUCGGCAAGAGUCGUACAGACGAGCACUUGGUACAUGUAGUGAAUAUUCUUCAUAAGUUCGGAUACGAAAGAGUUCAAGUAAACGAAAGCUGGAAUCUCUUGUGGGCCCAUGACUAUCCAUUUCUUUCCCUUCCUAACUUAAAGACCCUUGGCCAGCAUCAGAUUGUGAAUCAUUUUCCGGGCUGUGGGUACUUAACAAACAAGGUCGAUCUGUGUACAACUUCAUUGCCAUUUCUUCCUCGUGCAUUUAGACUUCCAGGACAAAGAGACGACUUUUUGUCAUACGCCCAUGCUCACCCGGAUGUACUUUUUGUGGAGAAACACAAUGAGCACAGACAUAUCAAAAUUCGUAUACCAAGUGAUAUCGAUAUCCUGUCAAAUGAUUCAUUCGUUCAGGAGUUCAUACAAAAACCAUUCUUGGUGGACGGACACAAAUUUGACAUCGGCGUUUACGUGGUGAUAACUGAAAUUAACCCGCUUCGUGCUUACAUCUACACUGGCGACGUUCUAUUUCGAUACUGUCCUGUCAAGUAUUAUCCGUUCGACAGCGAAAACGUAGACAAGUACAUAGUUGGCGACGAUUAUUUACCCACUUGGGAAGUUCCUUCAUUACGAAAGUAUUCCAAUCAGUUUGGGGGUAGCAUGCGUAAUGUUUUUGAAGCAUAUGUACGUGAUCAGUCCAUGGACCCUUCCAAAAUAUGGCCUCAAGUAGAACACAUCAUCCGCACAACAAUUUUGGCAAAGGAAAAAGAUAUUGUCAAUAUACUUCACUCGUACAAACAGCAUAAUUUCUUCGACUUAAUGAGAUUCGAUCUUUUUAUCGACGAGAAUCUAAAGGUGUAUCUAAUGGAGGCCAAUAUGUCUCCAAAUCUUUCUUCGGCUCAUUUCAAGCCGAAUUCGCUUUUGUAUGAGCAAGUGCUAUAUAGUGUAUUUAACUUAGUAGGAAUUCGCCAACUACGUGGAACAGGUGCCCCCAUUUUUGCUGAAAGCAGCGAGGUUCUAGCAUCUGAUAAAAAUUUGGCAACUGAUUUAACCUCAUGCGCUUAUCACUCAUGUGAUAAGAACUGCAACAAGGAAGAGUGUAGUCUCUGCAUUCCUUGCCUCAGUGGAUCAGAAUACAAAACUUUGCACCAUGCGUACGAGGAGCAUUUGCAUAGGGUUGAUAUGAAGCGGAUUUUCCCCAAGCCAAUCCUUAAUUUGAAGACUUUCGAUAUAGUUGAGGAAACAUCUAAUAUGUCGAAGAAAAACGCAUGGAUGACCCGUUGGUUCUUUAAUAAAUGUCAAUAUGAACGAGCAUGGUGUUUCUAAAUUUAAAAUAAAUACUGAUUUAAAGCCAAGAAAUAAU